UGCGAGAUCGAGGUCAGCAUGGACUACAUGAUGAGACCCUGUCUCAAAACAAACAAAACUUAGCCACAACAAUACUAGUGAGAUUGGUGUUAUCAACCCUAUUUCAUAGAAAAAGAAACCAGGAUUCCAGGAAGGUGCAACUUGCUCAGAAAGUCUCAAGACAAGUUGGUUAUAAAAAGCUGCGUGCCUCAUUUCCUGCACCCACCAGAAAAGGGUGCACUUCCUUACUCCUGGCCACAGGGAUCAGAACAAGGAGAGUUAUUUGCGUCCACCUCCUGACACAUUGACCAUUAAAGAUUUCCAGGAGAGGGCUGGGGGUUUAGCUCAGUGGUGCUGCCACCUACCUUGCAAGAGCAAGGUCGGGAGUUUGAUCCCCAGUACAAAAAAAAAAAGAUUUCCAGGAGAGUAUUAUUCCCCCCUGAGGAGGAUUCUUAUUCUAAUCUCUUAAAGCUGAGGCACGCUGAAAUCUUUGGGACUAUAGAGCCAGAUCUGAAAAUGACAAUUGCUCUCUGAUGGGCUCUCCUUUCUUAGCUGGAUGAUCUUAUUACAGGCAGCUAAAUUAAAAAUUAAUGUACAGUCAGAGAGGGACUGGGCCCUCAAGGAAGUCAGCACAAAAAAUAAAUACAUCAGAAUUAUGGCUGAAGGCAAAUCUGAAGAAGGCCAGGCCUCGAGAUAAAAAUACAGGGCCAAACCUACUUGCCUCCCUACAGAGUAACUUGAAAUUAUACUAUAAUUAGCAUCACCUGGUCCAAUAAAUCCAGCUAGGCAUCAGAUACCCGGGUGGGUGACCAGAGUACCUGAACCUGUCCCUUCCCAAAAAUGCCUUUGUUCUUUCCAUGUACCCCUGCUAUGUGACUUGUUUCCCCAUUAUAUCAGGAUUAGCUAUACUUGUAAUCCUGUAGGUUGUCAUCUAACCCAACACUGUACCGACUUUGUGAUUUUGUGGUACAGAUUACCCCGACCAAGGGCCCCUCCUGGAAAUCCAGGAGCUAUUCUCUUUGUCUUUGUUUCCAAUAAAACUCUUUUAACUUCUUCCUUUGGUUUAAAUCUUCAUUCCUUGAUGUUGUUGGACCACAAACUCAGCACAUCUGACAUCUAACAGUUCGCAAUGUAUUGCCUUAUUUUGUUCUACUCCACACUCAGGGAAGAACUGAAGCCACUCUACCCCAUUGGUAAAUUUCUAUGUGUGACAUUAGUCAUUUUUGUCUCUUUUUGGCAAGGAGUUAUCAUUGCUAUACUGGUGAAAUGUAAAGUCAUUUCUAGAGGGCCUCUGUGGGACUGGCAGUCUCCAGAAGAGGUGGCCAUAGGCCUCCAGUAUUUCCUUGUCUGUUUGGAAAUGUUUGUGGCCGGGAUUGCCCACCAUCAUGUUUUCUCCCACAAACCCUACGUGCAGAGCCAGGAAGAAGGCUCAUGGUUCAAGUCUUUCUUGGCCAUGUGGGACUUCUCCAAUCUUAAAGACGACUUACCUGAACAGAUUAGUCAUAUGGGAUGGACCAUCAGCAGACAACACAAACCAAAAAAUCAUACUGAGGGUCAGGAUGAAAAAAUUCCCACUGGGGGUCAGGAUGAAAAGCAACACUCACCCUCAUUACCACCAACCUCAGAAGAUGGUUUGUCUUCUGUUUCUGCUCUACCACGUGCUGUGACACAUCACACUGCACACACUGUGAUCAACAUGCCUGAGGUUGAUACUCCAGGUGAUACUCCAGGAGCAAAAAAGUGUGAAUAUAUUGCCCUUACUAUACCAGAUGAAGUGGUUAGUGACAGCACAGACGACACUUCGGAGACGGGAGAAGAUGACACUUCGGAGACGGGAAAAGAUGAAGCGGUGAAGGAGGUGCAGGUGUGAGCGGCGCCGGCCUCAGGCCCGGGAAGUCCACAUCCUGGGCCCAAGUGGACACCCCGGACCUGAGUGCCUCUGCAGGGCCCCGUGAGGACCCUUUUCGCACAGAUUGGACUGUAUAAAUCACCUUUCAUCAGAAGCAAAUAUCAGGUGGUACUAACAAAGGAAAAACUACGCAGAAGAAGAGUACUGACUUCUGAGCUGUAUGCUUCAUAAGCUUGGAUUUGACAAGGCUAAUGAAUGAUGAAUCAUGACUGUAUUCCCACUCUCCUUGGUUCAGAGUUGAGCAGUAUUAGAAGUCCAGAACUGCAGCUGUUUAAAUCAUGGCAAUGAGAUGGAAAAUACAAGUUUA